AUGGAGGGAAGUGAAGAUAUAUCUUUGGAAACGCUGCCGAUAAUUAGUCAAUUUGAGUGUAAAGAGCUGCUAGGUUCAGGUGUUUUUGGUAAAGUUUAUUUAUCAAAAGACCCUGCUACAGAGAGCAAGUGCGCUGUAAAAGUUCAACGUUUAGAUGGCCGAUAUGACAAGUUAAUUCUGAAAGAAUAUAGUGUACUCAAAGAUUUAUGCUUACAUCCGAAUCUACCAGAAUUCUAUGGAGCUUAUAAAACAGAAGAUGAACCCGUAAAAAUUCUUUUCUUUAUGGAGGUUUGUGAAGGUGGACCCGUGAUCGACAUUGUCCGAGCUUUGAUCCAUGCAAAUCGACGAAUGUUCGAAGAGCACAUAGCUUUUAUUCUGAAAGAAAUCAUCAAAGCGCUAACUUAUUUACAUGGUCAUUUAUUGGCACAUGGCGAUAUAAAAGGAAAUAACAUUCUUUUAACUACCAGAGGAGAAGUUAAACUGAUAGAUUUCAAUCUAUCUCGAUGUUCAGUAAGAGAUCGCGGAAGCAUUGAGAAAUUGAGGCAAGGUUCACCUUGUUGGAUGGCUCCAGAGAUAAUAUCAGGAGAUCAAAGUUUUCACGGUAGCCGAGCAGACGUGUGGUCCUUGGCCAUCACUGCUAUUGAAAUGGGCGAUGGCUCGGCGCCCUAUGAGGAUAUGCAUCCAACAAGGGCAUUAUUUCAUAUCGAAAAAAAUCCCCCACCUGGAUUAUACAGGCCCCAUCUGUGGUCAAAUACUUUCAACGAUUUCAUAAAUGAAUGUUUAGUAAAAAAUCCAGAACACCGACCUUUAAUGAUGGAGGUCGUAGCUCAUCCGUUUAUAACUCAACUUCCAGAACGUGAUUAUCAUUUAAAUUUGGAACUUUCGAAACUAGUAGAAGAUUUUCGUAGCACAAGGAAGCUUUAUAAAAAACCAGAAAUAUUUCUUGAUAACUUGGAAAUUAAAUGUAGCAACGAUACUUCACCGCAGAAAUUACUUAUAGAAGAUUUAUCGACUAUGGAUAAUAUUACAGAAGAAAAUAUUUUAAAUCUUUUACAUGAUAGAUUUGAUAAAGGGCUAAUAUAUACAUUUAUUGGAGAUAUAUUGCUUGCCUUAAAUCCCGAUGAAGACUGCGAACAUUUAUUUACUGAUGAGCACCAUGCAAAAUAUAAAUAUAAAUCAAAAUCGGAUCAUGCUCCACAUGUUUUUGCUGUGGCUGAUGGAGCUUACCAGAAUAUGUUGCAUUAUAAAGAAGGUCAACGGAUUUUACUGUUUGGUGAAACUUGUUCGGGAAAAAGUGUGAACGCUGCCAAAAUUAUAAAACAUUUAUCAGUUUUGUUUAUUUUAGGUGAAACUGACAGAAAUAUGGGUGACCUUAUAAAUUCAUCACUAGAAGUUUUAACAUUUUUGACCCAAGCCAAAACACAAUUUAAUGACCAUUCUACCAGAUGUGUGCUCCAAACAAUUCUAACGUACAGUUCAACUGGAAAUAUUAGCGGAGUAGUGUAUUCAAUAUAUCAACUUGAAAAAUGGAGAGCUAUUCAGUUAAAUGGCAACACUACGACUUUUAACAUUUUCCACUAUUUUUAUGAGGGCAUGAUGGCACUUGGAAAACUACAUUUAUAUAAUUUGGAUACCGAAGUCAAACCACGAAUUUUUAAAUUGCUUAACGAAAAUAAUAAAACAGAAAAUACUAAGAAAUUCAUGACUUUUGUUAAUAAUCUACGAAAACUGGGUUUGGAAGAUGAACAAUUGAAUAUAAUUUGGAACGUUCUCGCGGCUAUAAUUAUAAUCAAUGAUAUGUCUUUUGACAAUAAUGACAAUGAAUUGUACACCACAGAAGCUAUCAAGAAGAUUUCAGAAAAUCUUCAUGUUGAUGAAUUUAUGUUUGGACAAGUUUUAUUAAAUACUUAUGUUGUAGAAAAUGAGACAAAAAUGGAACGCAAGCGAACAUCUGAAGAAACCAAGGACAUUUUUAAUGUAUUGGCCAUAACAUUAUAUUCGAGAUUGGUCGAUUGGAUCACCAAUGCUAUUAACAAUAAAUUUUCAUUCCAUCGUACUUUGUAUGGCGAUUCGUUAUCUAUAUCCAUUUUGGACAUGUUUGGCUUCGAAUCUUAUACGACAAAUUCUUAUGAACAGUUUGCUGUAAAUUGUAUCAAUGAACAGAUGCAAUAUCUUUAUAAUCAUCUUGUUUUUACGACGGAGAUGCAAGAAUACGAAGAAGAGCAUGUGCCUGCUAUAAAUUUAGAAUAUUUUGAUAACAAAAUGACACUAGACGAAUUGUUUGGAAAACCAGAUGGUAUUUGGGAAACUAUUCAUGACACCUGUCGUAUUGGCAAAAAUGAUAAUUUUGUAUUAGAUGUCAUCGAAAAACAACGUUUUCGCUGUAUCAAAAAAACAUCUAAAACGACCUUCAAUGUUGUACAUUACAUCGGGACCGUCGAAUAUAACAUUACUAAUUUUAUUAAAAAAACGAAUGAUGUUUUAUCAUAUGAUGUAGUUGAUAUUUUAAGAAAAACAUCAAACGAAAUAAUAAAAGAAAUGUUCACAAAUAAAUUGACGGAAACUGGAAAUCUCGUGCCAAGCCAAAAGUUCAAUAUACACGAGCAAGAAGAAGCGUCUGAAUGGGAUAAGGCUUUGAAAAAUAAAUAUACUUCCAAAGGAGUGUAUUCACAGGCUCUAAACGUACCAAACGCAAGUAAAAUAUUUCGUUCAACAGCCACCAAGUUGCUGAAACAUUAUUCUAUCGAUAACGGAACGGGCAGUAGUCAUCUUAUACGAUGUAUUAGAAGAAAUUUGGAUAAAACCAAAAAUUUUAUUGAAACAAUCGUUCGAGAACAAAUCGUAGCGCUUUUCAUCAAAAGUACAGCCGUGAUAAGAAAAGAGGGGUAUCCAUGUCGAAUUUCAUUUCAAGAAUUUCUUAAGAGAUACACAUUUCUGGCCUUCGGUUUUGACGAAAAAGUAGAACUGAGCAAACAAAACUGUCGCCUACUUCUUUUACGAUUGAAUAUGGAAGGUUGGAUUAUUGGACGUACAAAAGUCCUUUUAAAAUAUUAUAAUUUAGAAUAUCUUUGCAGAUUGUACGAAUAUCAAAUGAAGAAAAUCGUUAAAACACAGUGUAUGGUAAGGAGUUUCUUGGCUAGAAAACUGAUGGCUUUGAGAAAUCGUAAAAAGGCUAUUGACAAUGAAGAAAAGGAAAGAGAAGACCCCACCAAUGAAAAUGUGGAAGACGAGGAAAUUCUAAACGAUGAUAAUAUUGCAGAUGACGCGUCCAAUAAAUCCGAUUACGAAUCGAUUGCUUAUUAUUGCAAGCUAUGGAAGAAUCGUACUAUAUAUGAAGUAAUAUUAAAAUAUAGAGCAGCUAGGCAACAAGAUUUAAUAUAUUUAUGUCAACAGUCGCACAUAUUCAAUCAAAUUGUCUUGUGUUCUCUAAAAGAAAGCAACGACUACAUUUCUUUAGAUGAAAUUGAUAGUCAAACAAGUAUGGAUUCUAUAAUUGUUGAUCCACCUGCUCCGGUCAGGAAACUUCCAUUUAAAUUAACUGAUAUCAAUUUUACGGAACCUAUCGAAUGCUGUGAACCUUGGAGUCACAAAAAAACAAAGGCAGAUGGAUCAAGAUAUGACUUAGAUGCCUGGGACUCCCCUUUACAACCGACAAAAUCCGUUAUAACUAACGAAAUCACAUUAUCCCUGCAAAAAUGUGACAAAAAUUUGCCUUCGUUUCUGCAACCAUACAAAGCUCUUCAAAGUAAAACAUACAGUCGAACUGAAAUUCCUGAAGAAAAAGCAUUGGUGGAAAAAUCACAAAUCACUGAAUCAAAGUCAUUAAAUGAUUUAGCCAAAAAAUCUCCAAUACCCAGCGAAGAGAAGCGAAAAAUUUUCAAACGAAAACAUUCUUUGGCAGACAUAGUGCCAGUUGCAGAAAGUAAUUUGACUGCGCCUACACCCGAACCCAAAAUUAUGGAAAAUAAAAGCCCUGCUAAAAGCAAUUUAGGCUCAAAUCCUAUAGAGGAACUGAAAUUACUGAAAAGCAAGUGUGAACAAUCAGAUAACGAUGAUGAUACUAAGGGGCCUUUUAAUUUCCAAGCUAUUCUGAGGAAAACUAACCUUAGACAUGACGCACCACCGGCAUAUAAUGAAGUAGAAUUGAAUACCUCACCAAAAACAGAUGUAUAG